GGAUACUCAAAUUAUCCAGCAUUGGCAUUGCGCUAAUAAGUUUGGCUGCGCUGAUGAUUGCGAUCGAUCCACUACAGAUACUAAUCGAUAAUCAAUUGACCCUGAAGACUGGCACGCUACUGUAUAAUUUGUGGCUAAAGCCACCACUCGAAGUAUUCAUCAGUGUGUAUAUGUUCAAUGUCACCAACGUAGAAGCCUUUAUGAGCGGACACGAUACCAAGUUGAAGGUGGUCGAGGCGGGACCAUAUGUGUAUCAAGAGAUGUUGGAGAACCAAAAUGUAUUGUUUAAUGACAACAACACAGUGACGUUUACGCCAGUGCGUUCUGUGCGAUUUAUACGCGAACGUUCUAUUGGCGAUCCGCUGGUCGAUAAAAUUGUGGCGCCGAAUAUACCAUUCAUGGGUAUAUUAUCGGCGGCAGCUGGUUACUCGUUUUUCGCUAGCAUGGCUGUGAGUGCGUUGACGAAGAAGUUCAAUUCGAAACCAAUGUUGGAGUUAACAGUGCAUGAUUAUCUGUGGGGCUAUGAGGAUCCGUUGGUGCAAUUAGCAUCAAAGGUGGUGCCGAGCGUUAUACAUUUUCAGCGCUUUGGUUUAAUGGAGAGGAUGUUCGAUGAGGGCCAUAAUGUGGUUACUAUGAAACUGCCCGAUAAGAUGAAACAAACAGCAACAGCGAGUGAUGAGGAUGCAGUCCAAGAAACAGAUCGUGACUUCUCCAUCGAUAACUGGAAUGGCAAGACGGGUUUCAAAAAUUGGGACUACCAUGCGGAUCGAAACAAGAGCAAUACACCUUGCAAUACACUACGCGGCACAUACGACGGUACUCUCUUUCCGCGCAACAUUCACAAAGGCGAAACAUUUCGAGUGUACCGGAAAGCCUUCUGUCGCAGUUUGCCCAUUCAAUACUCGCAUCCUGAGACUGUUAAUGGAUUCAAAGGUUACAAAUUUAAGCUGAAGGAAAAUGCAUUCGAUAGUGAUCUGGAUGAUGCAGAGACUUCAUGCUAUUGCAAGAGUAAACAUUGUUUGAAAAAGGGGCUGGGUAAUAUUACGCCUUGCUACUACAACAUACCUAUGGCGGUUUCUUUUCCACAUUUUUUCAACGGUGACCCCAGUCUGCUAGAAAAUAUCGAAGGAUUGAACCCUGAUAAGGAUAGACAUGGCACAGAUAUCAUUAUACAACCACAACUUGGCAUCCCGAUGAGAGUACGUUCACGCUUUCAAAUAAAUUUACUAAUGGGCGAUGUCAAGCACAGCCGAGAUGUAUCGCAAUUUAAAAAUAUCGCUUUACCUAUAUUUUGGAUCGAAAUGGCCGUUGAGGACCUCACACCAGGCGUCAAAAUGCUGCUUACGCUACUCUUCCGCGUCUGUCCAUGCCUGCAGCUUGGGCUGGUGAUCACACUGCUGGCGAUCGGUGUAUAUUUGAUCAGCAGCGCAUUGUUAUACUGCUUUUGGGUGCCUGCAUCAUGGAAUACACUCAAUGCCACCAUGGAACAAGCAAAGAGCGCAGAGGCUGGCCUCAAAGCGAAUAUGGCAUUUUUGCCAUUGCUUAAACAGCCAACGAUAGUUGAGAUGAAAAUGCUACCGAAACAGUCAAUAACGGCGAUACAAAUGAAACGUAGUUACGAUACGACAUUGCUACCGCUGCAGCGCGGCGUUUAG